CCCCGCGGCGCUAGCGGAGCCAAGAUGGCGGCCGAGCUGGAAUACGAGUCAGUGCUGUGUGUGAAGCCCGACGUCAGCGUCUACCGGAUUCCGCCGCGGGCCUCCAACCGCGGCUACAGGGCAUCUGACUGGAAGCUAGACCAACCUGACUGGACUGGUCGCCUACGAAUCACUUCUAAAGGGAAGAUUGCCUACAUCAAGCUGGAAGAUAAAGUUUCAGGGGAGCUCUUUGCUCAGGCACCAGUGGAGCAGUAUCCUGGCAUCGCUGUGGAGACUGUGACAGACUCCAGUCGCUACUUUGUGAUCAGGAUCCAGGAUGGUACCGGGCGCAGCGCGUUCAUUGGCAUCGGCUUCACGGAUCGGGGAGAUGCCUUCGACUUUAACGUUUCCCUGCAAGAUCACUUCAAGUGGGUAAAGCAGGAAACCGAGAUUUCUAAAGAAUCGCAGGAAAUGGAUAAUCGUCCCAAGUUGGAUUUAGGCUUCAAGGAAGGACAGACCAUCAAGUUGAGUAUUGGGAACAUUACAGCCAAGAAAGGAGGUGCUUCUAAGCCCCGGGCCUCAGGGACAGGGGGCCUGAGCUUACUCCCGCCUCCACCGGGAGGCAAAGUCACCAUUCCCCCACCAUCCUCCUCAGUUGCCAUCAGCAACCAUGUCACCCCACCACCUAUCCCAAAGUCUAACCAUGGAGGUAACGAUUCAGAUAUCCUGUUAGAUUUGGAUUCUCCGGCUCCUGUCUCGACUUCAGCACCAGCUCCAGUUUCUACAAGCAAUGACUUGUGGGGAGACUUCAGCACUGCAUCCAGCUCUGUUCCUAACCAGGCACCACAGCCAUCUAACUGGGUCCAGUUUUGAGUAGCAUUGACAAGAAGGAUACCCGAAGAAUAAAAAUGACCUUGAGGGCACCAUUCUAUGAGGGAGUUGAGGGACAGACGGCUUCAUUUCCCAGAACCCAAAUCAGUGGUCAGUCUUUCCCGCAGCUUCUCUGUGCAUUCAGGCUGGAUUUUUUUUUUUUUUUUUUUU